AUGGAGGAAGAGGUUGCUGCUCUCGUCAUCGACAAUGGUUCGGGUAUGUGCAAGGCCGGUUUCGCUGGCGAUGACGCUCCCCGAGCUGUUUUUCCCUCCAUCGUCGGUCGUCCCCGCCACCAUGGCAUCAUGAUUGGUAUGGGCCAAAAGGACUCUUAUGUCGGCGAUGAGGCUCAGUCUAAGCGUGGUAUUCUCACUCUGAGAUACCCCAUCGAGCACGGUGUCGUCACCAACUGGGACGACAUGGAGAAGAUUUGGCACCACACCUUUUACAAUGAGCUGCGUGUUGCUCCCGAGGAGCAUCCCGUAUUGCUCACCGAGGCUCCCAUCAACCCCAAGUCCAAUCGCGAGAAGAUGACCCAGAUUGUCUUCGAGACCUUCAACGCCCCCGCUUUCUACGUCUCUAUUCAGGCCGUCCUGUCCCUAUAUGCCUCUGGUCGUACCACCGGUAUCGUUCUCGACUCUGGUGACGGUGUCACUCACGUUGUCCCUAUUUACGAGGGUUUUGCUCUGCCUCACGCCAUUGCUCGUGUUGACAUGGCCGGUCGUGAUCUCACUGACUACCUGAUGAAGAUCUUGGCCGAGCGUGGGUACGCCUUCUCCACCACUGCCGAACGUGAAAUCGUUCGUGAUAUCAAGGAGAAGCUUUGCUACGUCGCCCUCGACUUUGAGCAGGAGAUCCAGACCGCUUCCCAGAGCUCUACCCUGGAGAAGUCGUAUGAGCUUCCUGACGGUCAGGUCAUCACCAUUGGCAACGAGCGAUUCCGCGCCCCCGAGGCUCUGUUCCAGCCUUCGGUCCUGGGUCUCGAAUCUGGCGGUAUCCAUGUCACCACCUUCAACUCGGUCAUGAAGUGCGAUGUCGAUGUCAGAAAGGAUCUGUACGGCAACAUUGUCAUGUCUGGCGGUACCACCAUGUACCCUGGUCUCUCCGACCGUAUGCAGAAGGAGAUUACUGCCCUUGCUCCUUCGUCCAUGAAGGUCAAGAUUAUUGCGCCACCCGAGCGAAAGUACUCUGUCUGGAUCGGUGGUUCUAUUUUGGCUUCUCUGUCUACCUUCCAGCAAAUGUGGAUCUCCAAGCAGGAGUACGACGAGAGCGGCCCCUCAAUUGUCCACCGCAAGUGCUUCUAA